AUGAGGCUAUUUUUGUUCGAAGCUGAUACUUCUCACUGAGCCACAAGUGCUGGUUGGGAAAGGGCUUAGGUUGUUUCCAUGGGGAGAACUCUGCAGGAAAGAGGUGAAGUUCAACAGGACAGCAAAGAAGCAGCAGAAACAGCCGGGAAAACGAAGAGCCCUUAGUGUUAACACAGAACCCUCCACCAGAGUUCUCCAACCCUAAAAUAUUCUGCAAAGUGCCACUUGACGGACGUUUUCACCUGACUCACUUUCUACGAGCACCAUGACUGAGAUCACUGCCGAAGGAAAUGCAUCCACAACCACCACUGUGAUAGACAGCAAAAAUGGAUCUGUGCCCAGGCCCCCCGGGAAAGUGCUGAAGAGGACAGUCACCGAGGACAUAGUGACCACCUUCAGCUCCCCCGCGGCCUGGCUGCUGGUCAUCGCCUUGAUCGUCACGUGGUCAGCUGUUGCUGUCGUUAUGUUUGACUUAGUGGAUUACAAAAACUUCUCAGCAAGUUCUAUCGCCAAGAUUGGAUCAGAUCCUUUAAAGCUCGUCCAUGAUGCUGUAGAGGAAACCACAGACUGGAUCUACGGCUUCUUUUCUUUGUUGUCUGACAUCAUCUCAUCCGAAGGUGAUGACGAAGACGAAGAUGGGGAGGAGGACAUUGAUAAAGGAGAAAUAGAGGAACCUCCCUUGAAAAAAAAAGAGAUACACAAAGAAAAGACUGAAAAGCAGGAAAAGCCUGAAAGGAAAAUACAAACUAAAAUUACACACAGAGAAAAGGAAAAAGACAAAGAAAAAACCAAAGAAAAAGAAAAACCUGAAAAGAAAGCAAUUCACAAGGAAAAAAUUGAGAAAAAAGAAAAAACAGAAGCAAAGACAAAAGAUGACAAGAAAGCAAAGACUAAAGAGAAGACCGAGGAGAAGCCGAAAAAGGAGGUGAAAGGCACGAAGCAGGAGAAGGUGAAGCAAACAGCAGCAAAGGUGAAAGAGGUGCAGAAAACCCCACCGAAAGCGAAGGGGAAGGACGGCAAGGAGCCUGCGGCUGCGCGGGAACAGGAUCAGAAAGAUCAGUAUGCAUUCUGUCGAUAUAUGAUUGACAUGUUUGUCCAUGGGGAUUUAAAACCAGGACAAAGCCCAGCCACACCCCCUCCUGUGCCAGCACUGCAGGCCCCCACACCCGCUCCUGCCGCACCUGGUCCUGAAGAGAAAGAAGAUGAGAAGAAGAAAGAAGAGAAGAAAGUUACUUCUGAAACAAAAAAGAAAGCAGACAAAGAAGAUGCUAAAAGGAAAAGUGAAAAGGAAGCUGCUGCUGAUGUGAAAAGAAAAGAGCCAGAGAAAGCUCCUGAAACCAAACAAGGUGCUAUAAAAGUGGCAGCACAAGAUUCCAAGAAAAUAAAAACACCUACAGAAGCAGAGCAACCCAAGGGAAAAAAACAGGAAAAGAAAGAAAAACAUGUGGAGCCAGUAAAACCACCAAAGAAGGAUCAGCCAGCUCCAAGUGAAAAGCAAGUGAAAGCAAAAACAGAACGAACCAAGGCAGAGGCAGCCGCUGUGUCCACCAAAAAAGCUUCACCUGGAAAGAAGGAAGAGAAAGCAGUCAAGACAGUGGAGCAAGAAAUUAAAAAAGAAAAAGCUGGGAAGACUUCUUCAGUUCUGAAGGAGAAAGAGACUGUGAAGGGGAAAGACGUGAAGGUCCCAGCUUCCCUAAGGGAGAAAGUACCUGAAACUAAAAAAGAUGAAAAGCUCUCCAAAGCAGGCAAAGAAGUCAUGCCUAAACCUCCACAGCCACAGGUGAAAAAGGAAGAGAAGACAAGUAUGUACAUUAUAUGUUUAAGUUUAUGCAUGCAUUCUGUGCUUAUAAUGAAUAACACAUCUCUUGGUAACGUUAAACCAAAUUAAUACAGAUUAAACAGCAAAUUUAUCAUUGUGCAAGUUUCAAAAAAUGACAAGCAAAAUAUGUAUUUAUGUGGGCCAUCCAUUCUUCUAAAAAAUCACUGACAUCUAUGAAAUCCCUGAAAAAUUUAUACCACUCAGAAGAAGCAACUGACUAAUUAGUUGACUUAUACAAAACCACAAUUUCUCCAGGUUAUAGUACAACCCAGAUAUUCCUCCAGAAUAGUAGUUGCUAUGAACCCAUUCUUUUUCCAGGGUCCUUAGCUGGACGUGUUUGAGAGCUACAGAAUUUUUUCAAAAGAACACACAGCAAAGUGCUUCUGAAACAGUUAAACUUGUGAUCUGUAUGUCCCUCGCUGUGUUAAUUUUGUGGAGAUACUUUAAUAAACUACUAGUGAGACUUACAAAAUAGACAGUUAUUCUCACAAUUCUGGGUCUGGACAUUCAACAUACAUUCUCACUCCAAAAGGGAGAAAGUGGAGGAAAUAAAAAAGAAAAAAUGAUGAUAGAAGAAGAACAAAUGGAAAUAAAUCUUUUGUAAACAGGGAAGGAAAGAGGAGUGGAAGGGAGAGCAGGGGAAUGGGCAAAAAAGCAAAUCCAGUUAUAUUCCCCAUAACGAAUGUGAUCACUAUGUGCACCUA